AUGCUACCAUUUUCCAGUGGCGUAAUGGCCAACGGCGGUGGAACGUGGCAUGUACCACCAGCAAUCAAGGCCGCCACAGCAUUCGAGAUCAUCUGGUCUAUUGUCCUUGUCGGCCUGUUGGUGGUUAUUUUCCGACGACUUUACUUUGCCCCGCCUGAUCGCGACACACAUGCUCCGUACAUUCUCCUCUCUGUCGUAACCGGCGCAUUGUCCAUCUCGUACCUCACCUCCGGGAUUUUGUUCAAGAUCUCCAACACUGGAAAUGGUAUACCAUUCCGUGUCAGGGUAGGUUUGACCGCGCUCAGUAUGAGCCUCUCGUACAUCGACCUUGUGUUCGAACCAGCAGUCUGCCUGUGGCUCAUCCACUUGCGGGGCAGAGUAACGACCACGAUCGAGGGCAAGUCAGCUAAGCCCUGGAUAUCCCACUAUUGGAAGCGUAUUGUUGACUGGUCGCUCGUGGCCACCAUCUUUAUCCUUUCCAUCUCAAAGACGGCAAUAAUAACCAAUGCAUGGAUGGGGUUUGAGACACACCGCAUAGACUAUAGCCAGUUCACGCACUACUUGCUGGUAGAUCGUCGCCUCAACCUUGCCGUCAUCGCAUUCAGCUUGCUCCUAUCAAUAGACAGUGCCAUUUCUUUGAUUGCUCUCAAAGUCACACAGAGAAGGGCAUACUUCAUCGAUGCUGUACAUAACUACCCGGCUGGUUGUAGCUGUCUUGCCAUUUGUGGUCCUAGGUUCAUCGAAUCCUUGAUCUUCACGAUCUACCCAACGACCUACAGGAUACCAUACAUUGAUCCCUCCGUCCGCAUCCUCGUUACCACCAUCCUUGGUGGUAUAUUUAGCAUAGGCGUCAUUAGCGGUCUUGCAUCCACCAUGAUAAUCCCACACGUACUCUGGGCUCCGGGAGCUACUACGUCUACUACUGCCCUCCCUGUUGGUCACAAGGAUGGAUGA